UGCAGUACCAGUUUCAAGUUUUGAUUACUCGAGAUCACAAUCGUUCGGAUCACUCUAAAGAUUCCUGCUGUUUCUAUUUUUUAAAAAUAUAGUUUGUGUUUAUAUGGAGGGUUCAUCCACCUUAUGUACAAAAUCCACAUAGUGCGGACAACACAAACAAUCAGAAGAAGAAAAACUGAACAAGACAAACAACCCAAAUAAAAUCCAUUCAGGUAGCAAACUCUCCAAGGUAAAAAAAGGGCAGCAAAUUUCAAGACUUUCACACGUCGAAACUUUAGGUGACACAGAAACGUCACACCAUUUGUAAACGGAAACCUGGAGAACACCCAAAUGUGGCGGUUGAUGUUUGGAAGUACAUGAUUGUUUGUAACUAACAGUGAGGUUCUAUAGCUUCUGUUGUAGCUUCCUUCCGGUCAGAUCCGGAUACUAUGAUUAAUAUCUCGUCUUCUUCACCAUCAGCAUUUAUUCAGGAGUUGAGGAGCUCCUCAAUACUCCAGGGCCAUGCGGAUGUCCAAGUCCACUUCAGCGAAUCCUUUUCGCCCCAUAUUGGUCCAUGAGAAGGGCAUAUUGGUCCAUGAGUGCCACGACAAGUAUGAAGCUGACAGUUGUACUUUUAUGUAUUGGAGUGUUAUUAGAUCCUUACUUCUUUUACAUUCCAAUCAUCGAUGAGACAAAUAUGUGCCUUGGAGUAGACAAAAAGUUAAUGACUGCGGCGCUUGUUUCUCGAUCACUAACGGAUAUCCCCUUGGUGAUAAAAUUUAUUAUUGGUCCAAUGAGUUAUUGGCCUCAAUAUGUUUCUGUCUACAAUGACGACUCCGAGGCUCUUCCAAAUGCGCAACCUUCAGAAGGUUUUAAGCGAAAGUUAAAAAAGUUUGUGAAGGCAAUAACGGCAGUUCUGUUGUUGAUAGUUACCGUUAUUUCCAUUCUACCAAUCCCACAGGUGGCAAUCGUGCUUGUUUUUCCCAAUAUGGAAGGCUCUAGAUAUUUCUAUAAAUUAGCGUUCUUAAACGCUCUUCUUCUUCUCCAAUAUAUGUGUAGGGUCUAUUUGAUCCACCAGUUAAUUCAUCAUCUUCAGUAUUUCAUCAGAAAAGGGGUCACAGCUACAUUUAAUUUUUUCCUUUACAUCCUGGCGGGUCAUGUACUUGGAGCUCUUUGGUAUUUUUAUUCUAUUCAACAAGAAAUAUCUUGUUGGCAUCAAGCAUGUCCGGACACAACAUCUCAAUGUAUAUCUACUUAUCGUUGUGAUAGCUCUAUUACUUACACAAGUAUCGCAUUCCGAAAGGAAUCAUGUCCAACAAAUCUACCAGAUAUUACUCCAUUCAAUUUUGGUAUAUUUCAAGAUGUGAUUCAAUCGGGCAAUACAAGACUGAAAAAUUUUCCAACAAAAUAUUUUUAUUGCUUUUCUUGGGGCCUCAGAAAUCUAAGUAACUUUGGCACAAACUUGGAAACAAGUAGUUCCGUGUGGGAAAACUGCUUUGCUCUUCUUAUUUCUAUUAUCGGUUUGCUACUGUUCUUAUAUCUCAUCGGAAAUGUGCAGCUGUAUUUGCAGUCCAAUGCGAACCAGACAACAACGUUUGAGCAAGAGGAAAAAGACAAAAAACUAUUAAGGCACGCGUAUAAACUACUUCAGGUAGAACGAAAUAUACGUGAGUGGAUGGCAAGAAAUCGUAUCCCUGAGGAAAUGAUCAUGACGGAUAUCAUGAAAAACGUAAAACAGAAAUCGGAAGAACAUGACUAUAUUUAUGAAGAGGGGGAUGUAAACUUGAAACAUAUCACGUCAAAUCUCCCAUGGUACCUCAGAAAACGAGUACAGCGGCAUCUCUGUAUGGAUGCACUCCACAAAGUACCCAUGCUUGAAAAUAUGGAGGAAAAAGUUUUGAAAAUGAUAUGCGAGUAUCUCAGGCCAAUGAUCUACCACAAGUAUCAGGACAUAGUUGAAGCUGGAGCACCGCUUGACGUGAUGUUUUUAGUUAUAGAAGGUACAGUUAUAUGCACCGACUACGCCUCUACCCAUGCUGCAACACAACUUCAGAAAGGUUAUUUUUUGGGAGAAGAACUGUUGACUUGGGCAUCACUGAGUGAUCCUGAUAGAGACCGUCCUACCUCGACUAAAAAUGUAUGUUGUGAAACCGAAGUAGAAGCCUUUAUUCUGACGAUCGAGGACUUGAUGAAUCUGGUCAGCACAAGCCAAUUCCAGAGGAAUUUGAAGCAUAAUUAUGAACUUCACAUUCAAGAAAGAAAGCAGUUGGCACUAGCUUACCUCAAGACCGAUGAGGAGAUACGAAAGGAUGUCUAAGAUGAAAAUUAUCAAGACCCUAACGAGGAAUUGUUUCUUUCCUUGAACAUUGAUUAACAAAAUUUGGCUUUAUUUUCAUGUAUUGAGUGCAGCGUUCUGCAGGUCCCUUGCGAUCUGUGCUAAUUAAGCGCACUAGCAUUAGUAAUACGAGACUCUU